GGUGAGGCGGGAGGAAUGCUUGCGUCAUCCGUGCGCGCCCCGAAGCACCCAGCCAAGCCUCAUGGCUGCGGGAUCUGUGGAGUCUCAGCGGUCCCAGGCGGCCUCCGAGAGGCCCGUGGCGGGUCAGGCCGGGGUCCUGCCUUGCCUGGAGUUGCCGAGCUACGCGGCGGCGUGCGCGCUGGUGGGCAGCCGCUAUUCGUGCUUGGUGGCUGCCCCGCACCGCAGGCACAUCGCCCUGUCGCCCCGCUACCUGAGCAGGAAGCGCACGGGCAUCCGCGAGCAGCUGGACGCCGAGCUCCUGCGCUACUCCGAGAGGGUACAGUUAAUAAAGUAUCGUCUAGCCAUAUUGGCUGUCUAGUCCAUGGAUGUUUUAACGCCUCUAUCCCUAAGCCUGAGCAGAUGUCAUAUGAGGAGUGGCAAACAUUGGAGAUACAUGUAGGCGAUGAACUGGAAUUUGAUGUAUUUCGCUUAGAUUCAGAUUCUGCUGGAGUGUUCUGCAUUCGAGGAAAACUGAGUACCACCAGUUUGCAACUUAAGCACUCUGCAGUUUCUGAAGAUGUAGCAGAAACUGUCGUUGAAGAGGUUGUUGAAAAAACUCCAAAGAAGAAAAAGAAGAAGAAAGACAAAGAUACAGACACAUGUGGAACAGUUGAUAGUGUUACAGAGGUUGCAGAUGUUACAGAUGUCACGCCACAGGAAGAAACAGACAUACCAUGUAGUGAUAAUGUGAAUGACUUCUUUGAGGAAGAGCCAAAGAAGAAGAAAAAGAAGAAGAAAAGGCACCAGGAAGAUCAGGACCCCAUUUUCCAAGCCAGUGACUCCAGUGGCUACCAGAGUGACCAUAACAAGAAAAAAAAGAAAAGAAAGCACAGUGAAGAGGCUAACUUUGAGUCACCUAAGAAGAGACAGUAAUCGUCUUUUCUAUUGUUAACAUAUUCAGAUACACGAGGAAUAGAUUUUUUGAGUGGUAGGAAAUGCUUAUGGGACAUUCACAAAUAAAUACUUGAUUGGUAGGGUUUUGUACUAAAAUCAUACAUUGAUAAAUACAUUUUGGAAAAUGCCAGUAUUAAAGUAUUAUUUUAUUACAGUUCAGUGGAAAAUGUUAACAAUUGCAUUUACUCUUGACUCAUAUUGUUAAAGCUCUACAUAAAGUUUUAGAUUCUCAGCAUUUGCCAAAGAACUUUAUAAUAUUUUCAUUUUUUUUCUGAUAAUAAAUUUUGUUUUUAGCCAGAACAUCUUUUCUAAAAGCUUAAUACAUUUACCAGGUUUAGAUUUUCCUUAAACAGUAUUUCUAUUUACUUAACAUGUAUAGCUAAAGAAGAUUAUCUAGAGCUCUUAUAUACCCUGUGGCUAUCUGUUGAAUGUAUGAUGGGCAGAAAACUCAUUGUUCCCUCCCACAGGGGGUAUGUGCAUGUGUUCUUGAAUUCUGAGACUGUUAAUUUUUACUUUGUGUUUCAGUAGUCUUCAUGUCAUUAUAUAUGGAUCAUGAGCAAGAUGAAGAAAGGGUAAAUAUGGUUCUUGCUAGUUGAAAAUCUCUAGUUAACCUUUUAAUGAUUAGAGGUAGUCUACUAGACUUGCUUUGAGGAGGAGCUCCACAGUCAUUGCUUUUAUUGAUAAAAAUGUGUGAUGUGUUAUGCCUAACCAGAAGGUGGUAAUGAGGAUAAGCUGUUUGAGGCUCAUAAUCAGCCCAUAGCCAUGCAUUUACAGGUACUUAAUAUCUGUAAUAUAUUUUAUUGAGGCCAAAGCCUAUAAAGUCAAUCAAGAUAGUAUAGUUCCUUCCUCCAUGAGGCAACAUGGGAGAAACACUUGUGUGCACACAGCCUAAGUGAGGAAAUAAAACAGUAUUUGUAGUAAAUACUGUGAAGAAAACAUUGACUACUCUUUAGUUAGUAUCUGGAAAUGUACAGGGUUAGGGUUGGCCUUCCCGUGUCAGUCACUGCUGUUGUCACUGACUAGCAGACAUAGUGUGGUCGUCAGCUUAAUGUUUCAUAAGGAGUAAAUUCUGGCAACCAUGUUUCUUGACUUCAUCUACGGUAUAUAGAGCAUAAGGAAUGACAGCAAUUUAAUAUGUACAGGUAGAUAAAUAACCAGCAUCUUUAACUCAGGAUACUUGACAUUUUUUGGUGGCUUUCAGGUCUCUUCUUAAACUGUGACUAUUCUAAAUUGACAUGUGUUGUCUGUCAGUACAAAAUAUGAGAUUUUAAAUUAAAGACGUUAAAAAAAUAAAAAGAAUACCCCAAUACAGUUGUCUUUCCCUCCUCUUACCUUAUCCCUCUUGUUCCCAUACCUACCCACUCCCCCACCCACUUUCCUCCCUCCAUGCACCCUUGAUGUCUAUUAAAAAACUGGGUAUGGACCUGAACAAAAUUCUUGGCAGGAAUCUCUAAUGGUGGAGAAGCACUUAAAGGAAUGUUUAACAUCCUUAGACAUCAAGGAAUUGUACAUCAAAACAACUCUGAAAUUCCAUAUUAUACCCACCAGAAUGACUAAGAUAAAAAACUCAAGCAACAGCUCGUGCUGACGAAGAUAUGGAUCCAGGGGAACACUCCAUUGCUGGUGGGAGUCCAAGCUUGUACAACUGCUUUGGAAGUAAAUUUGGUGGUUUCUCAGGACACUGGGAAUAGAUCCACCUCAAGUCACAGCUCUGGGGCAAAUACCCAAAAGAACCUCUACCAUCCCACAAAGACACUUGCUCAACUGUGUUCACAGCAGCUUUGUUCAUAAUAGCCACACACUGGGAACAACCCAUAUCCUUCCACCGAAGAAUACAUAAAGGAAAUAUGGUUCAUUUACUCAAUGGAAUAGUACUCAGCUAUUAAAAACAAUGACACCAUGAAAUUUGCCGGCAAAUAGAACUAGAAAAGAUCAUCCUGCAUGCUGUAACCCAGACCCAGAAACACAAACAUGGUACAAGCUCACUUGCAAGUGGAUUUUAGCCAUAAAGUACAGGAUAACUGCUAUAAACCACAGACCCAAAGAAGCUAAACAGCAUGGAGGGCCCAAGGGGGAGACGCUUGAAUCUCAUUAAGAAGGGGAAGUAGAAAGUUUAACUUUUUUUGCUUAGUAUUUUUGCUAUGAUGACUUAAGUAAAAUAUUAAUUUUAGCCUGUUUCCAAUUUAUUUUUUUCUCGAUGGUUAAAUAAGAUAAUGGUAGAUGAGACUCCAUUACCUUACUUUGGACAGUGCUAUUUAAAUGAAUAAGAAAGAGGUUGAAAAGCUUGUUUUGUCAGGAUUCAAUGUUAUAUACCUAGAAAAUGUUCAAUAAAUCCUUCAUAUUUUAGAAGUUGAAUUUAUAAUUUAGUACAGUAUGAUAAGUCACAUAAUUCUAGCCUUCCAUAAACACCAAGAGAACACGUCAAAUUUAUCCAUUGAUGAAAAAUAAAUAGAUUAGCAAAAUAACUAAAUUCUCACAUUUUUAUUUUGACUCAAACAAUAUUCUUGAGUUUUAAACAAAUGUGCUUGUUUGAAGUGGUGAUCCCUAGGGCUUCCAGUCCUUCAUCCUCAUGAGUGAAGAUUUUUCUCUGCACAAUUGUUACAUUGCACAAGGACCUAAGUAGAUAUAACCUAAUCACGUAGCCUUUUACAAAGUUAUCUGCACCUUGUGGCAAAAGAAGAAUUGAGAGAAGUAGGUGUGAGAAAAAUUUGAUGGGAGACUCCCUUACUAUAAUGGAGUGGAUCCUGGAACCCAAGGGUUAAGAGCUAAGAGCUGUCCCUGGCCAACAGACAGGAGGAAAUGCUCUUACAUCUGCAAAGAACUGAGUUCUGGAAGUGGCAGGUGAAUCAAAGCAGAACACUUUGCCCCAGGUUCUUGAGUUAAGCGUUAGCUAGACCUUGGUGUGUAUGGGCAGUGAACCUACCUGAACCAUGUAGACUUCAUUGUGCUUUGUAUAUUCUUGUAUGUGUGUGUAUGUGGCAGCCAGGGGUUAACACUGGACUCUUCCACAGUCUCGUGCUUAGUGUUUGAGAUAGUCUUGAUAAAUCUUGAGCUCACAGAUUCACUAGGCAGUCUGGCUAAUGAGCCCCACGUAUCUUCUGUCUCCAUACUCCCAUAAUUGCUGGGAUUAUGGGUAUGGACCACAGCCCCCAGCUUUUCUGUUUGUGAGUGCUGGGGACUGAGGUGUUGGAUAGCUGUUACUGUAGGGGACGAGUCAUCUCUCCAGCCCUACCUUGUUGGUCUUCAGACAAUAAAAAUCCUAUCGAAUGGUUAGUUUUCCUAAUCGUUUAAUUUGUCUUGUACAGCGACAUUAAAUUUUUGUCUAUUAUGGUCA